AUGCCUCCGAAAAAAGGUAAAAAAGGCAAAAAAGGGAAGAAAAAGGAACCAAAAGUAAAAGAAGUAGAUCCAAGACUAGAUUUGCCGGCAAAGUUAGCUUUUGAAGCGGAAUUAGUAGAACUCAACAGGGAAUUAGCAAGAUUAAGAACUUUGCACCUUAAAUUAGACCAAGAAGCCGAAGAAUGCAAAAAGAAUUUAGAAGAAAAAGGCGAAGAUAAAGAUGAUAUAAUAGUUUUUUUAAAGCGCACAAUAGCUGAAAGGUCUGAGGACAUAGAAUAUCUGACUUCAAUUAAAACAGAAAAGGAAACUUUAAUGAAACAAGAAACAGAAAAGUACGAUGCUGUAAUUGACGAGAUGGUGUACGAUUUUAACACGAUGCAAAACGAGUUAAAUGCAGACAAUGAUUCGUUGGAAAAUAGAAUAACUGCCAUGGAGGAUGUGCGACAAUUUAAGAUGGAACUAAUGACAAAAUUUAAGAAACUUGAAGACGAUUUGGAAGAUCAAGAAAUAAGGCAUGAAAAAGAAAUAUACGACUUAGAAAAAUACGUUGUUAUUGAAACAAACAGAAUUAAAAACGAAAUAGAAGACCGACUAGCCCAAUUGGCGGCUGAGUUUGAAAACACUUCAGAUUUAAGAUUGCUUGCCGCAACAAAUAAAACAAUAAAAGAGGAUAUACUUUUAAAUAAUGAACUAGACAAGACAUUAAAAGACUACGAAACUGCAUACGAUCUAUUCAAUAAACUUAGAGCCAAAUUUAAAAAUCAUAAUUUAAUAUUAGGAAUAGAUGUAAGGGAAGAAAGAGUCCUUACAUUGACAGCUAAAAGGCAAAAGAAAAAAAUAAAAGAUAUAGUCAAUAAAGCUAUAUACAUUGCAUCAUUAAUUGAUCAACAAAUAUUAAUGCAAAUAAAAUGUCUUAGUUAUAGUAAACAAACUCAGGAACUUCAAGGUAUCUUAGAAGAAAUUGUAAAGGAUAAUGAAAAAUUACAAAAAAAACUUUAUCAUGAUCGUAGCGAGAGAAUCAUGAUAAACACGGAACGCAAACUUAUUAUAAGUGAAAAUAUUAUUUAUAAAAGAGCAUUUAAAAAAGUCAAUAUUAUUGCUAAGAGAGCUUUAGAAAGCGCAUUUCCAAUCAGAGAUCCCUUGAGAAUUUUGAAUAAUAUUUCGAAGAUUUUAGAAGGUGCUGAUGUUAAAAAACUUCCUGAAUUAACUGACGAAGAAAUUAAAAAAGCAUCCUACAAAAAGGGACGGUUCGGCUUACAGCCUAAAGGAUAUAUUGAAGUACCAACAAUCAAUAAAGAUGUGAAGAUUCAAACUAGUACAAGUCUAAUGGAUUUGGUUAUAGACGAAAAUGAGGAAGAAGAAGAAAUGGACGAGAUGGAAUUCGAGGUUGAAAGUUUAAGUGAAUUAUAUAAAGAAGUUGGUUUAGAUAUAGCUACUGAAGAAAACUCUGUUGAGGAAGAAAUAGAUAUAGAAGAAGCCUCACUUAUGGAAGAUAGUCGGUUUGAAGAAGAGGGCAAAUAUGAAUAG